AUGGCUUCCUCUACUCCUCUCAAUCUCAUUCUAACCAUUCUACUAUCUCUCACUCUUUUCACCAUCAUCAACAUUCACGUUGAUGCACAGAUCGAAGAAACAACCUUGAACCUUAGCUCUGAUGUUCUAGAAUGGCCGACAACAAUGUCAUCACUCUACAGUGAACUAGAUGAAGAGCAUGAAGAAGACAUAGACAGUGAUUUCAGUCGAAGAUCUUUGUUCUGGAGUAGAGUGAAAUACUAUAUCUCUUAUGGUGCUCUUGCUGCUAACAGAAUCCCUUGUCCUCCUCGUUCUGGUAGAUCUUAUUACACUCACAAGUGCUAUGAAGCUAGAGGACCUGUUUAUCCUUAUACUAGAGGCUGUUCUGCUAUCACGCGAUGCAGAAGAUGA